AUGGUCCUCAUUCAAGAUACGCUAAUUGCUGUUGAUGUUCGUAGGAAAUAUCGACACAGAGACGUUAAUGAACUUAAAAUUUGGUGGUUAAAGGCUGUUAAAGGACAGCCAACAACUACCCAAAUCGCAAGCCUACAAAACGCCAAGUUAGAUACACUAGAAAGUUACAUUCGACAGAAACCGCUUCAAUCAAAAGAAUUUACGCUGUUGGUAGAUUGUGACAUUAUGAAGGAAUCCGAUGAUUAUCUGGCUUUCUUACAAGUUGUACGACGGGUGUUAAUCAUACGAUGCGAUAUGUUUCAUCAAAGUAUGUCGCUGGAUGAUGAAUUGCUACGUCAAUAUCCAAUUAUUGCCCGCCGUUCUGAACGUCAGCGACGAACAACAGUGGAUCAUUAUCCAAAUGAUAAUAAUAAGUCCGAACAAAAGAUGUUGUUAGAAAGAUAUUUUAAAAAUAUUAAAACAAUGCACAAUGGUCCAUUAACGGGAUACGCAUUAAUUUUAGAUGCAGCAACUUUUGGAACAACUAGCAUGCUGCUGUCCGGUCAACAUUUCAAGCCGAAUAAAAUAUUUAUUCCCAAUUCGUUUGACUAUGAGAAAUUAGUCAAAAAAUGUUUAUCCAAAGAAGGCGUGCAAGAAAGAUAUAAUGAGCUUCAUAUUAUAAACAUAACCUCGUUUGCUUUUAUAUUCAAUUUCAAGAUCAGAGCUGGUCAUCUGUUUCGUUUUGUCUAUUUGGAUUACACAUCCACGUGGAGCGGAGCACGGACAGGGAAAAAGCGUUGUGUACCGGAAGAGGAAGUUGAACAUUUAUUUGCCACAAAACGAUUUUACAAUAAUUCGUUAUUAGCGGUUACAUUAGUACGACGAGACAGACGAUACACAGACUACACCAUGAUUCCGAUUGCUGAGGCUGCUAUAUGUCAAGCAGCUGGUCGAAAUGGUUAUUCAGUUAUACAUAUGAAUGAUAAAUCGCCGGAAUAUACCAGUGACAGUCGUUCAAAUAUGGUAUUACUUGUUUAUCACGUUCUAUGCCAGCAUUGUAUAACAACAACGACGAAUAGAAAUGCAGAAGAAAAGAAAAAGAAAGAAAAACCUGUCUCCAAGUCUAAAUCAAUACUGAAUGAAGAGUCUACAGUGGAAGAAUUAACAUCAAAAAUAGCAAAUUUAAUGCAGGUAGUCAGAAAUGAUGAGUGAGCCUAGUCUAGCUUUUCUAACGACGUGUAUUAUUCGUUUUCUGCUUAUAGUUUUCACUGUGAAUCAUUCGUGUGCUACACUGGAGGAUGAAUGAAUAGUCACUGCAGCAGCAAUAAUACAAUUCAUAAUUAUAAAAAUAAUAAAACAACAAAUAUGGAUUUCGUCAAUUAAAAAUAGUUCUUGUGGAGAUACAUCGAUGUCUACAGGAAAAAAGAUGAAGUGGUUGUAUAGAAACACCGUUUACUAUACGAAGGUCUGGUGGAGAAACACCGAUUGUGUCAGGAAAUGCGUGACCUUCAUUUGGAGACACACCGAUUUCUUCAAAUAGAAAGAUGAAGUUCCUGUGGAGAAUCAUUUCUUCCCUGCCAAAAACGUUCUUCUGCAGAAAUCGAUUUCUACAGCAAAUAGCAUGAAGUCCUUGUCCAGAGACAACGACUUCUAGGGGAAAAAACAUGAAGUUCUGGUGACGAAACACCGAUUACUGAAGGGAAAAGCGUGCAGUUCUUCUUGGGGAAACACCGAUUUCUAUAGGAAAAAACCUGACCUUCUCGAAAAAUUUCGAUUUCUUCGGUAAAAAGCAUGAAGUUCUUCUGCAGAAACACCGAUUUCUUUACUGAGUGCCGGUUCUUCACUAAGUGCCGGUGAUGAAUUGCUACUUUCUUUAUUAUUUUUUUAUGCGCAAAUAGUGCGUGAGAUGACAGAAAAAAAAUUCUUCAGGUGCAGGAUCAUAAUUACCACCUAAUAAAAAUCCGUAGCACAGUAUUUUUAGAAAAUUUGUACAAGAUCUAGAGCAAAUUAUAAAACGAAAUUGUCCAUUCAGUAGUGUUUGACGC